UAUAUUACCAAAGCUUUGACUGGAAUAUCAUAUUUGAGAAAAACAUGUAUACACUCAGAUAUGACCAAACAGCUUUUGACAGACCAGGAUUGGACUUUAUGGAAUAAAGCCACUUGGAAAUAUUGGCCUGAUACCUUGUUUACAAAAGUUCCAAGGAAUUUUAUGCAGGUCUAACUUUGGGAGCCCAGCUGCAUCACCGCCUUCUAAAACGAACUUAACUGAUCUGUCAUCAGGACUAAGAAAUGUGUUCAGUGAGAUGGAACAAUAUACCACUCAGCUUCUGGACUAUGCAACUUCUUUAAGUUUCAAAAGGACCAUGAGAUGAUAGCAUCAAAAUUGCUGAAGAUUCUUUUCUAAGGAGUCAACCCUUGGACCCACCACACGUGGGUAAAAAAGGCGCCCACGCCUGCACAUCAAGAGAGAUCGUCACAGACAAUUGAUGACUCCAAGUUUUCCUGCAAAACACUCUCUGAUUUGAAACUCUUGUUUCGGUGACACCAUGCAGAUAAGUAAUGACCGGCUAUCCACCCCAGGCUCUGCCCUGGAUCCUAACCAACCCCAUACCAUUUAGGCACAGUAUGCUUACAAGCAGGUUGCAUGUUCCUGGGCAGCAAGACUAGGUCCAUCAGAGAAAUGGGCAACCCAGUAGCUAGACUAUGAAGAGCUAGUGGAAUCCGGGGGGGUGGGAGUAUGCCCAGAUCCUAAACACGUUGAGGCUAUAAUACUACAAAUGGUUGUUACGAACAAUUUGGGGCUAUGCCUCUGGUGACCCACAAACCUAUUUACAGAUUAGCUGUAAAUUCUGCCCUUUACCAGUCCAUAUGACAACGCCCAUGCUCAGCAGGAAGCAGUUACAGAAGCGGGACCUUUGACCUGGGCCCCUCAAGAAUGAGGAACAGGAUAAAACUAGAGGGGGUUUUGUCACGACUAGUGGUCCAGGAACUCAAGGGUGGUUUUGGAAGCAUUUAACUGUUUUUCCAAGUUGUUUUUUAUGUUAAGGAGACACAACCAGCAACCACCCUGAAGCUAACCAAGCCUCCCUACAAGAGCUAUGCCCAUGACCUUGCCUUAUCUUUAAGAAGAUCUCUUCAGGAGGAGAUUAAGCCUCAUUACCAUAAUCUGCAGUAUACCUGCAUCUCCUUUUCAAUAUUCAUUCCCCAACCGAAAUAAAAUUUCCUGCUUCCCUUUGGGGACACCAUGACUUUGGAAAUGAUUCCUCAUGGCCUCCUAUUUGCUGCAAAUACACUUUACUUUGUGAGACAACUUCCGCUGGUAUAGAGUCUUAUUUAACUCACCAGGGGGCAGGCCCACUUGGUUGGGUAUUAGUUGCAGGUAGAGAAGCUUCCCAACUGCCAGCUCAGUGCCACAGCCGGAACCUCAGCACGCCCCCGCGUGCCCCAAGCCAGAACCAUAGGGGAUUUUACCUCAUGGGUCUGAGGCGCAAAGACGCCUCAUGAGGCUGCUCAGCCACCCAUCGCUCCGUGCGGGAACACGUGACCCUGUCCGGCCUCAGGGCGCCCUCCCCACGGCCUAGGACUGGGGACUGACGGACUUAGACCCGCGACUUCGCUGCUUGGGGCCGGAACCCAGCAGCGUGCAGCUGGAAUGGGGGCGACCGUCAUCCUGGAGCCCGCGGGCCCCUGCCGCUGGGACGAGCCCGUGCGCAUCGCCGUGCGCGGCCUGACCGCAGGACAGCUGGUCACGCUGCGCGCGUCCCUGCGCGACGACAAGGGCGCGCUCUUCCGGGCCCACGCGCGCUACCGCGCCGACGCCGAGGGCCAGCUCGACCUGGAGCGCGCGCCCGCGCUGGGCGGCAGCUUCGCGGGGCUCGAGCCCAUGGGGCUCCUCUGGGCCCUGGAGCCCGAGAAGACUUUGUGGCGGUUUCUGAAGCGGGACGUGCAGACGCCCUUGGCCGUGGAGCUGGAGGUGCUCGAUGGCCACGAGCCCGAGGGCGGGCGGCUCCUGGGCCGGGCGGUGCACGAGCGCGACUUCCUGGGGCCCGGGGUGCGGCGGGAGCCGGUGCGCGCGGGCCGGGUGCGCGCCACGCUCUUCCUGCCGCCAGGACCUGGCCCUUUCCCAGGAAUCAUUGACAUCUUUGGUGUUGGAGGGGGCCUGUUGGAGUAUCGAGCCAGCCUUCUGGCCGGCCAUGGCUUUGCCACGUUGGCUCUGGCUUAUUAUGACUUUGAAGAUCUCCCCAAGAAACUGGAGGGCAUACACCUGGACUACUUUGAAGAAGCCCUGUGCUACAUGCUGCAACACCCCCAGGUUAAAGGCCCAGGCAUUGGGCUUCUGGGUAUUUCUGUAGGGGCAGAUAUUUGUCUCUCCAUGGCCUCAUUUUUGAAGAACGUCUCAGCCACAGUUUCCAUCAAUGGAUCUGGGGUCUGUGGAAACACAGAUGUAUGCUACAAGCAAACUUGCAUCCCAGCAUUGGGACUUGAUCUGAGGAGAAUCAAGGUAGCUUUCUCAGGCCUCCUGGACAUUGUGGAUAUGCGGAAUGAUGUUGUAGGAGGGUGUGAGAACCCCAGCGUGAUUCCAAUAGAGAAGGCCCAGGGGCCCAUCCUCUUCAUCGUUGGUCAGGAUGACCGUAACUGGAGGAGUGAGUUCUAUGCCCAAAUUGCCUCUGAACGCUUACAGGCCCAUGGAAAGGAAAAACCCCAGAUCAUCUCUUACCCUGGGACUGGGCAUAACAUCGAGCCUCCUUACUUCCCGCUGUGCCCAGCUUCCCUGCACAAAUUAGUGAACAAACCUGUGCUCUGGGGUGGAGAGCCCAGGGCUCAUUCUAAGGCCCAGGUAGAUGCUUGGAACCAAAUUCUAACCUUCUUCUGCAAAUAUCUUGGAGGUACCCAGAAGAGAGCUUCCCCCAAAUUGUAAUGCAUUGGUCUGUUGUUGACAUGAGAGAUUCAAGGUGAGAUUCUAGUGUUUAAUAAUCUUAUGUGAAUCAUUUGUCCCCUGAAUAACGUUAAAUUCAUGUCAUUGGUAUUAAUGAUGUAUUUUAGGUAACUUUUGGCAAUAAGUAAUUUUUCAUAGUUUUACUAUUAUGACAGGCCUAUUGUAGAAGAUUCAAUUAAAGGUAUACAACACAAAAAGUAAAAAGCAUCCCUGCUGUUAAAAUUUGUGUUUUCUUCUAGAUUCUUUUACUUGAAACUUUCAGCCAUAGAAGAAAUUUAAAGCUGAACAAAUACUGGGUUAAUGGUCCAUCACUGGGGAGAAUGUCCAUCCAAUGUUUGCUACUGGUUCAACUACUGAUAGCAGGGUAGAAUUUUUGUUGGGCAAAAGUAUACAGAAAGGUGUUGAUAUAAGGAAAGCCAAAAUGACCUUUGUCUUGUGGAGAUCAGAGAAGAAUCCUCUGGGAGGAGUAGUUAGGGUAAAGAAAGAGGUAUCUGUCUCUAGAAUAGUUAAGUCUAAACUCUGUCCCAAAGGUGAGUGACUAUGACCUAUUUUCCCUCUUGCUCCUGGAUCUAAGAAUAGACUUUGGAAAAUCAUAGUGUGACAUCCUUUGAGGCAUCAUUCCUCACUUUCCUUGACAUGAGGGCUACAAAGCAUUGUGUAAGUAUAUUUGAAGAGAUAAUAGCUGAGAAUUUUCCAAAACUGACAAAGACAUCAAGAAACAUUUUCAAGAAGCACACUGUCUUAAUCAGCUCGGGCUGCUACAACAAAAUACCAUAGCCUCACUGGCUUAAACAAUAGACAUUUAUUUCUCACAGUUCUGCAAGCUGGGAAGUCCGAGACCAGGUUCCAACAGAUUCAGUUCCUCUUGAGCACCAUUUCCUGGCUUACAGACAGUGUCUUCUCCCUAUGUCCUCAAAUGGGAGAGGAAGAGAGAGCUCUCAUAUCUCUUCUUUUUCUUAUAAAGACACUAAUCAGCCCUGGGGCCCUCACUCUCAUGACCGCAUUUAAACCUAAUUACCUCCUAAAGGUGCCACCUUCAAUAAC